CCCGCGCCCCGCGCGCUCCGCCAGCCCGCGAACUCCCCGCCGCCCGCUCCGGGCCGGCACCGGCACCGGGGACCAUGGUCUGCAGGACCCUCCUCGCUCUCUGCAUCUUCGCGGCAGGAUGGAGGGUGCAGAGCGCGCCCACCUCGGCCCCCUCGCCGGUGUCUCUUCCGGCCACGAUCGCCCCGUCGCCCGCCCUCGGGACCAGCUCUCCUCAGACCGCCGCCACGGUCGCGGCCACCCCAACCUGCGGCCCUCACGGCACCGGGGCGCCCUCAGCCGCGGCCCCGACCCCGACGUCUCCGCUUCCCGACAACACGUCUGUGGAGCCCAGAGGGGAGAAGACCACCGGCCCCGUGUCCGGCUGCGAACUCACAGGCGCAGCAGCCUCCUCUCCUCCCGGGUCCCUGUCAACAAGCGGUGGCGUCCGCCUGACGGUCACACCCGGGGAAGGCGGCGCGGGCACUCGCGAAGCGAGCCUGCCGCCCACGGCGUCGUCGCCGUCCCCGUCCGGGCCUCCCGCGCUCACCUCCCCUCAAGCUCCAGCCUCGUCACCCGCGUCCCUGUCGCCUGCACCACCUGACGCCUCUUCUGCCCCCGUCACCGCCAGCCACAGCUCCACCGUGGCCGGCACGCCGCCCACGGAAGCUGCAGCGGCCCCGGCGUCCCCGACAGAGGAGCCCAGCCCUGGCCACAGCCCCACCGCACAUACCCCGGGGGAGCCAGCGCCCGAGGAGAAAACGCCCCCCACCACCGUGUCAAGCAAGGUGAUGUGUGAGCUGGUCGACACGAAGACCACCACCAUCUUCCCCAGGGUGAUCAUGCAGGAAGUGGAACACGCGCUAAGUUCAGGCAGCAUCGCUGCCAUUACCGUGACGGUCAUCGCCGUGGUGUUGCUGGUGUUUGGCGUUGCGGCGUACCUAAAGAUCAGGCAUUCCUCCUACGGAAGGCUUCUGGACGACCACGACUACGGGUCCUGGGGAAACUACAACAACCCUCUGUACGACGACUCCUAACGAACGAAGGCGGCCCGGGAUGAGGAAUAACUGUUCUUUAUUUAUAAGUGCUUAUCCAGUAGAAUUUAUAACAAGUACCUGAUGCACAUUGAAACGACAAUCUUAAGCCCUGUUUUGUUGGUAUGGUUGUUUUUGUUUUCCUUCCUCUCCUCUAGCUGCUACAACUUCCCCUUUCUGGUACAAAAAGAACCAUCAUUUAAAGGUGAGUAGGGGCUGAUUUUCAGCCGAAAUGGACCAACCUUGCUCCGGCGGAGGCCGCCGCCCCCACCGCGGGACCCAGCCUGAGAAGGACCCAGGAAGCGCAGCUGGGUCGCUUUGCUGGGCUUGACUUUCAGGGGAACUUUUUGUUCGUGGUGUUUCUUAAACUCGCAUUCAGGAAAUGACAUGAAAUAUCAACGAGGGGAAAGGAAACGAGUCCUUAGGAGGGUUUCACCCUGCACGUGAGGGAGCAGGGGUUUCUCAGAUUCCUUUGUAAUCUCUGAUUAUCUGGUUGCAGCUGACAGGAUGCCUGCUUGGCUCUGCAAGCUGCCCAGUUAAUGAAAGAUGAAAAUGGGAGGUGCCCUGGAGGAGGCCAGCAGACGGGAGGCAGGGCGGCAGGUUGGGUGGAUCUGAGCAUGCGCCCCACCUGCUCUCCGGCUCCAGGCCGCCUGGGCCCGCAGAGGAUGCUCUGGUCAAAUGCAACAGGGAUCCCACCCCACCAGCUAUAGGCAGAGUUGCAUUUCCAAAGGAGCAGGCUAUGCGAUGAGCUGAGUAGCAGAGAGAAACGGAGAGGCACGUGGCAUGAGCACACAGGUGUGGGGAGUUGGGAGAGAGAGUCAGGGGAGGGGAGAAGGGUGCUCACCUGCAUUGAGUAUGACAUUAGGGCAAUGGCAAUCAGCUGUCAACAACAGCCAGCAACAUCCACUGCUUAGAGGAGCCCAGAAAAUCCUUCCUUUACACCCAUAAAGCGACUGACUGGUCCACUGCCUCACUCUCUGUUGGAUAAUGGCUGCAAACUGUUAAAAAAAAAGGGGGGGGGGCACUAUUCUAUCUGCAAUUGCCCAGUGGGGCAUUUCCAUAGGAAACAGAAACCAUGAUUAAUCUGUUUAUUCUUCCUAUACACUUACCUUACUAAUUCUUCCCUUUUCAAAAUGAACACCCCUGUGUAUAUAGUUCUUAAAAUCCUGCACAACAAAUUUUCAGAAAGAGCUGUUCAUCUUCGUAGUCAUCCAUUUAUUGCAGUCAUUCUCAACCAGGAGGUGAUUUUUGUCCCCCACCCUUGCAUUUGAAAACGUCUAGUGACAAUUUUGAUUGUCAUGACUUGGGUUUGCUACUGGUGGACAGUGGCAGGAAUCCUGCCAAACAUUCUACCAUACACACGACAACAAAGAAUUGUCUGGCACAAAAUAUCUAUAGUGCUGAGAUUAAGAUUAUCGAUACUCACAUAUGUCAUGCUUUUUUAUUUUUAACAAAAUGAAAUGAUAUGUUAAAUUUUUAUCUUCCAAGUGUUCAGUUUGUUGGCUGAUGGGUUGUGUUUUGGUAUGCAUGGUCAUCUUUUUAUUUCUAUGUGUUUUCUAGAGAGCUUUAUUUCAUGAGCUGCAACUCUGUCCUCCUAGAACAUAUUAGCAAUCAACAUUUUAUGUCCUGAUUUCAAUGUAGUAGAAAACAAACAUUGGGUCCCAUUUCAAAAUGUGUUAUAUGGUCCUACAUUGUCAUAAAGAACUUGAAAAUGGAUCAGUUUUCAUUUCUAAACUUGGACCUUGCUGCCAUGACUCUGUUUAGUUUACAGAAACUUGACCUCCGGCUCAUCCUGUCACUAGCUGUGGCCCGGCAAAGCACUGACAUGAAAACCACCCUUGCUUUACUAAACAGCUCUGUCGUCAGAGACACUGGGAGUAGUACCGCUUUCUGCAACCUGCCAUCCCACACUCUGAAAAAAAUAUUAUUUUUAAGCUCCUUAGGUGCCAAAAAAAUGAGCAAACCCCAGAGGUAUUUUACAACCAGAGUGGACAAUGUGGAGUAGGCCUGGAGGAAUUACAUCUCUGAGGAUUAAAACUGAAAGACAAUAAAAGUGGACCUUCCCAGAAACAUGGACAAGAGUGACCGAGAGUGCCCAGUCUGGCCGUGUGUGGCUUGAGUCAUUGUCCUUCCUCCCCAUCCCGCCCCCUCCAUAGGGCUUUCAGUUUGGCAAAGGACAAGCCAAUAAAAACAGGACAUUCCAUGUGAUGUUUUUUUCCUCCCAUGGCCAAAAACGUUUUGACAAAAUGUCCAUGAAACACCUUUGGAGAGUUGUACUCUGGGUGUUGCCUCUGUCAUAGAUACUGGGUCAGAGGGACCAGCCUCUUCCCAGGAACCCUGACCUAUUACAAACCAUGGACUCAACAAACGAUUUUCUUGCUAUUGUGCAAGAGCACGUGAUGGGUUUGUUGCUCUUAUUAAGUUCCCAAUGCUUAUGGCAAAGGGAGGGUUCUGGGCCUAAAGCAGAUGUAUUCAGCAAGGUGACAGCUUCCCGCAAAAACUCAAACGCUCUCUGUGAUGUUAUGUCAGUAUAAAAUACCUAAAGGUUGAGCCUUAUUUUGCCAAAUGUCUUUUUUCUGAUUUUGAACUGGCCAAAGGAUUUUAGCAACUGUAUUCUACAAGUGUUACUUACACACACACACACACACACACACACACACACACACACGCACACACACACGCGCACACACACGCACACACACACACACCCCUGAAAUAUAUGCUGGUAGUUGACUGGCCCUCAGGGAGUCUGUCAGGUGUACCCAAGGGAAAUGGCUCCAGUGGCUCUAAACACCACGUCCUGUCUGUGGAUAGGACCAGUCAUAAAGCUGUAGAGAGAAUGUCAGAGCAGGGGGGAGGCAAGCAGCCACUCCCCAAGCGUAGAUGACAAGUGAUGAAAGAGUGGGAUUCCACCGUCUCCUCUCUGUGCCCCAAUGACAUCUCCCGCCCUCCCUGCACAGCUGUGUCUUCAUUUCUAAAAUGGGUGAAGCUUUCAUACUGACCUCACCCCGUACUACCUCACAGAUGUGUUGUGAGGAUUAAUGAAAUCACACCUACAGUGUUUUCAGUUUCUGGAGAAAACAAUAUUUAUAGACAUUUUAAGUAUUACAUAGAUAUAUAAGUGAUCUCAGUUUCUUGUGUGCUGUUAUACUGGUGUGUUGUUUUUACAUAUUCUAUAAAAUGACAGUUGCAUCCUAGCCCCACCAGACAGCUGUUACAGGUCUGGACUACACCCCCACGCCCUGGUGCAGCUGAUCGACUGCAGGGUUAACUGUGCCUGGGAUCACAGAGGAUAGUUUUUGUUUCCAAAGGAAGGUCUGGCCCAGGAUGUAGAUCUCACGGACUCGCAAGUCAGGAUCCAGACGGUUAGGGUAACACGGAGUGUAUACUUGAGCACUAACAACAGUAAACCUCUGGCCUGCACCAUCCUGAAGUCUUCUGGAUUCUGCGUGGAGUUGAUUUUGGUUCGAUGUCAUCUGUUUGCUCUUCUUCUUACUUGCAAGUGUGCAUGGUUCAAUCCCUCGCAUCUGGGACAUGAAUUUUGCAGCUGGGCCAGAUGCUAAUUUGCACGUUGAUUCACCUUCUUUGCCUUUAAUCUUUUUUUUUUUUUUUUUUGGCAAAUGAAUGUACCAUUUCAACUUUGAUUUUAAAAGUACUAGUUGAUAUUGGUUAUACUGCUAACCAAGAGAUCAAUACCAGAUUUCUCUCUUGGGGUGAGUCAACCAAUGUCAUUUAAAGAUGGAAAGAUGUGAAACUUCUUUGAUAUUUGAUGUUAUUGUAUCCACAUUUGUUGUAAGACAUAUUGCAUACCAAUUAUAAUUAUAUCAAUUAAAGUUGUUAAAAGCUUG